AUGGAUAACGCUAUGAAUAAACAAAAUAAAGUUGGUAAUGAAGAAAGAUUUUAUUCUCCAAAUCAACGUAAUGACUAUAUGGAAAAAUUGAGUAAUAUUGGAAUGCGUAUUAGACAAAAAGUAGAUAGUAAUGCAACAUUUCAAGGUUCAAAUGCUAAUACUAAUUUGUAUGCCGGUUUAAUUGUGCCACAAUAUAGACAAGCAAAUUUAAAUCAAGAACCACCAAUGCUAGCUAGAAAUGGGAGUUCAUUGUCCGAUUUAGAAAUCAUGAAUGAAUCCGCCGAAAAUAUUAAUACUAAUGGUAAAAGAUCAUUCUAA